GCAGCUUUCCCGAGGGAGCCGGGUCUUGCCCCCAGCGGGGCCGGGCGCUGGCCUCAGGGGGACUCCUCACCCACAGAGUGGGCGCAGCUGACGCGUGAGCAGGCGGUCCGCCUUGGGGUAUCCACUGCUCUGGCUCCGAACCCCUCCUGCUCUUAAGGCUGCCGAGGCCCCAGCGCUGGCCACUGUGGCCUUCCGCGGUGGGGGUCAGCAAGGGGCCAGCUCCCCCGGUGCCCACGGAAAUGGUUCUGUGUUUAACUGAAAGUGACCGUGUCUUCCGAGGUGGGCAGGCAGAACAGUGUUGUUUUCUGGGGGACUAGUGGACCUGCUGGUCAGCACGUCCCCGGGUCCCUUGUGUCCAGCGGACAGGCCUUGGGAGAGCAGCUGAUUCACUCUGCAGGCUCCUCUCUUCAUGCCACCUCGUUUUCCUGGGCACUGGGGGUGCUUGGUGGCCUCUCCGGCUCCUCACAAGGCGCUGCGCCUGGACCGAGCCUGCCCCAUGGAGGUGCCGGCGCCGCAGGCGGUGAAGCAGGAGGGUGUGGCCCCCGAGGGCCCAGCCCUGGACUCCCCGUGGCACCGUUUCCGCCACUUCCACCUGGGAGACGCGCCCGGGCCGCGCGAGGCGCUGGGGCUGCUGCGCGCCCUGUGCCGGGACUGGCUGCGCCCGGAGGUGCACACCAAGGAGCAGAUGCUGGAGCUGCUGGUGCUGGAGCAGUUCCUGAGCGCGCUGCCCGCCGACAUCCAGGCCUGGGUGUGCAGCCGGCGGCCGCAGAGCGGGGAGGAGGCCGUGGCACUGCUGGAGGAGCUCUGGGGGCCAGCGACCAGGGCGCCUCGGGACGCCGUCACGGGCCCCACGGGCAGCGUGGCGAAGGAGGAGGGAGCGGUGAUGCCCUUAGGAGACGCGGCCCCCGAGGCCGAGGCGCCCGCGGCGGGGGAGGCCCCGGCCGCGCGCCCCUACAAGCAGGAGCCCGGCAGCCCCCCGCCGGCCCCCGGCCUGCCCGCCUUCCUGGCGGCCCCCGGCGCGGCGCCCGCGUCCUGCCCCGAGUGCGGCCAGACGGCGCUGCCGCCCGCGCACCCGCUGCGCCGCCGGCCGAGCCCCGCGGGCGAGAAGCCGCACGCCUGCCCCGACUGCGGCAAGGCCUUCCGGCGCAAGGAGCACCUGCGGCGCCACCGCGGCACGCACCCCGCCGGGCCCGGGCCCGCGCUGCGCCCGCUGCCCGCGCGCGAGAAGCCGCACGCCUGCUGCGAGUGCGGGAAGGCCUUCUACUGGCGCGAGCACCUGGUGCGCCACCGCAAGACGCACUCGGGCGCGCGCCCCUUCGCCUGCUGCCAGUGCGGCAAGGGCUUCGGCCGCCGCGAGCACGUGCUGCGCCACCAGCGCAUCCACGGGCGCGCGGCCGCGGCCGGCGGGGUGGCGCCCCCGGGGCCCGAGGGCGGGGGCCCCUUCCCGCCCUGGCAGCUGGGGUAG